GGUCGCUGCUGCUUUCUGGGUAAAAGAUCGGUGCAGCAGAGGCAGCCAUGGCUUUAUCCUCCUCAGGAAUACCAUCAUGAUGCUCUCCCCCUGCGGCCAUGAAACUUUCAGUCUAUUUGGUCACGGAACCACAGCACAGAUGCGGGUUCUCUGCAGAAGAUUCCCAUUUAACCCUUUAACUGCCCGCCGGCUCUGUCUUUGCGCUUCCUUGAUCCGAGGUGGGUGUGCGUGACCUGAAAAGAAGUCAAACAGGUUGGACAGAUCUGCGCAAAAUGACUCCAAACCGGAUAUCUGCUCAUGAACGGUGACACCGUCAGGUCUGCAGUCAUUCAGCACGAGUUUAAGUUGUUUUUAAGGGGCAUUUAAGUUUUUUUUAAGUCAUAAGGGCUUUGAUGAAGACAGCAGAAAUGGAUCUGGAUCAUCGAGCGUGACUGAACAUGAACUCCUUCAGUGGAAGGAGCUGUGCGCGCGCUGCCUGCUGUGGACGAGGAAGUGGAACUAGAGUGGAGUCUCAUAUGUAUGCCUAACAUAUGUGAACAAUGGACGAGUAUUGGUUCGAUUAAAUUAAAACACCAUCAACGUGUCUUCCGGUUUUCUGUGCGCCAAUGUGCCUCCACAAACGCGCGCUAUUGCGCGCAGGACUGCUGCUCUUCCUGCUUCAUUUGGGCGCAUGUCUGGAUGACUGUGUUCUCUGCAUUGUGGGACAACCAGUGGUGCUGCCCUGUCUUUACCCUGAACUGAACACAUUUGGGAAUUUUUCAAUUGAAUGGAGGAAAAAUGACCAAAAGUUGCUGAGAUCACAGUGGAGGGAAGAUGGAAAUGUGGAGAUAUGUAGCCUGAACUAUGCCAGAAUUCCUUAUGAUGCUGCACAGAAUGGAAAUUUUUCCCUGGAACUUCCAAAAGUUCAUCCCAAACAGGACAAGAUGAAUUUCAGUCUGUUUUUCUCUGCGGGAGAACAUGAAGCGACACAGCUGUGCGCCCUGUGCCUCAGGGUAGCAGCCAGUUUCAGUGCUCCAGAGCUGCAGAGUGAGGAGACAGCAGACGGAAAUGAGACAACCUUCCUGUGUCUCUCCGGCGGAGGUUACCCUGAACCUGUAGUUUCUUGGCUCAUCAGCGACAGCCUGCAGCCCCCCGAAGGCUCGGUGAGAACUCUGGCAGAGCCACACCCAGAGUCCCACCUCUACAACAUCACAAGUUACCUGACGCUCAACAUCUCCAAAGACAGCAGUGUGACUUGCAUCAUAGAAAAUCCGUCCAUGAAUGAAACCCUGACAGCUACAAGAUAUGGAGAGAGCAGAACCAGAGCGGUGGGUCGAGCAUCAGAAGCCAUGUGGAUCUUCAGCACGGUUCUGUGUGUGGUGGUCGGGAUCAUGGUGAUGGUAGGAGUGGCGUACCAGAUUCACCUGGACAGAGUCACCAAGAGACGGAAAAAAGAGAAGAGAGAAGAGCAGAGAGGGUACAAAAGAAAAUUUCAGUUCAUCGAGGAAACUGAAGCCAUGACGGAGGACAAAAAGGAGACUGACGUUUAACAAGUUUUUUUCAUCUAAAUAAGCUGUUUUUGUCAAACAACUGUAUAGUGAUAAUUCUAUUUAUUUUUGUUUUUUUAGCAAUCAAAUGCUAUUUGUUAUGCAGAUGUAAGCACAGCUUUGAAUAACCUUUAAAGUUUUUUCAUCAUGUUUUUUUCUCAUGUUUUGAUGACAUAUUUCAAGUUAAAUAAAGACUCUUAACCUCA